GCUGAACUCAGCCUCGAUCGAGACUUGUGCGCAACCUGCACUCGGCAGCAGAAUCGCAGUAUCAGGCAGAAGCGACCUCUUUUUCAGCCCGGCCUCCUUUCCUCUGUAUCCAGAACCAUUGCGGGGUUGUAUAUUGGAGCGCGACACGCCCACAAGACCCUCUUUCUUGAAGACAUCGGGCCAUAUCUCGUCUGUGUGAUAGCCUUUUAUGAGCAAAUGCCCCCAACAAGACGCAGAGCCAAGAUGCGAAAGGAAGCAGCCCCUACCAGUAUCUCUGCUGGUACUCAAACCAGCGAUCCAAUGGAGGAAUCAAUGCCUACCAAAGAAACUAUUCUGACGACUCAAUCUUCCGAGACUUCACCCACCACGUCGCCAACAUUCCAAACCCCAGGCAAGGCGUCUGCUAGGAGAGUGAUGCGGCUGAAGUGUCCAACCUGCAACGACUAUCCCGAUGGCUUCCGAAGUGAACAUGAGGUUACUGACAGAAUCGCAAAGCUGCGUCGUCAUACGAAUCGCGUACAUAGAAAGACGCGCAAGGUAUGGGUGACGAUUGAUACUUCACCCGACAAAUCAUUUCUCGCCAACUGCAAAGCUUGUCAGACUGGCAAGAAGUACAACGAGUGCUACAACGCCGCAAGCCAUCUCCGCCGAAUGCAUUUUCAUCCACAUAAGCGCGGCGAACGUAAAAUGAGUGCCGCGGAGGCUCGACGGGGUGGUAAGCCUGGAGAUCUGGAUCCGCCCAUGGAGGUUCUCAAAGCGAACUGGCUGCGCGAAGUAGACGAGGCUGUUGACGAUGCCAGCGACGAGCAAAGUAACGGCGACACGUCAGGAGUUGCAACGACCCAACGGCAAUUACUGCCCCCGCAAGCUGAGGGACUCGCUCCACCAACACCAACUACGCCGUCAACGCGGUCCAUGGCAAUUGACAGUAUCGUGGAUAAAGUGGACGGGGUAUAG